AUGCGAUCUCUCAUUACAUUCGUGCCUCUACUAGCCUCUUCCGUGGCGGCAGCUGCAAUCGCAAGUUCAGCCAGCCCAACAGUCACCGCUGCGGCUUUGACAAAUCCCUUCUCAGGAUACCAGCUUUACGUCAAUCCCUUUUAUGCAUCCGAAGUCUCAGCUUCGGCUUUGCCGUCCAUGACGGGGACUGCUAAAGCCGCCGCCAGUGCAGCCGCUGAAGUUCCAUCCUUUUAUUGGCUGGAUACUGCAGACAAGGUCCCACAGAUGGGCGAGUUCCUAGCCGACAUCAGGGCUCAAAACAAAGCCGGUGCUAGCCCGCCAAUUGCUGCCCAAUUCGUUGUUUAUGAUCUGCCUGAUCGUGAUUGUGCGGCAUUGGCUAGUAAUGGGGAGUACUCUAUUGCCAACGGCGGUGUUGCGAAUUACAAGGCGUACAUCGAUGCCAUCCGUAAGGUGCUGGUCGAAUACUCUGAUGUUCAGACCAUCCUUGUUGUUGAACCUGAUAGUCUGGCGAAUUUGGUUACCAACAUGGCCGUGUCGAAGUGUGCUGGCGCACAUGAUGCUUACCUGGAGUGCACUGACUACGCUGUUACUCAGUUGAACUUGGCUAAUGUGGCUAUGUAUCUUGACGCCGGACACGCGGGAUGGCUUGGCUGGCCCGCCAACCUCAGCCCGGCAGCUGAGCUGUACGCGAAUGUCUACAAGACUGCCAAUAAACCCGCAUCUCUGCGUGGACUCGCCACCAACGUUGCCAAUUACAACGGCUGGUCUCUCACUACCUGUCCAUCAUACACCUCGGGAGAUGCCAACUGCGAUGAAAAGAAAUACAUCAACGCCCUUUCUCCUCUGCUUAAAAGUGCAGGUUGGGAUGCUCACUUCAUCACUGACACCGGCCGAAAUGGAGUCCAGCCCACAUCCCAAACUGCCUGGGGUGAUUGGUGCAAUGUCAAAGGAACCGGUUUCGGCGUUCGACCAACUACUGACACAGGUGAUGCCCUGGCCGAUGCCUUCGUAUGGGUGAAGCCCGGUGGUGAGAGUGAUGGUACUUCAGAUCCCAGCGCGACUCGCUAUGAUGCCCACUGUGGAUAUAGUGAUGCUCUUCAGCCUGCCCCUGAGGCUGGGACUUGGUUCCAGGCGUACUUUGCUCAGCUUGUGGAGAAUGCUAACCCAUCGCUUUGA